UUAAACUUGAUUGUCAAAGUAGUUUUGUCAUUGAAAUUGAUUAUUUUUUUUUACUGUAAAAUGGCUAAAAUUGGUAUAAAUGGCUUCGGCAGAAUUGGAAGAUUAGUUCUUAGGAUAUCUCUGGAAAAAGGCGUAACUGUGGUUGGUAUCAACGAUCCAUUCCUCGAUCCACAGUACAUCGUUUACCUCUUUAAAUACGAUUCAACUCAUGGAAGAUUUAAAGGAUGUCUAUCUACGGACGGGAAAGAUAUAUACGUCAACGGAAACAAAAUAGAAGUGUUCACGGAAAAGGAUCCUAAAGCCAUCCCCUGGGGCCGAGUAGGAGCGGAUUAUGUUGUAGAAUGUACAGGGGUCUUUACAACUAUCGAAAAAGCAUCCCAACAUUUGCAAGGAGGAGCGAAGAAAGUUAUUAUUUCAGCACCAUCAGCGGACGCACCUAUGUUUGUUUGUGGAGUGAACCUUGAGAAAUACGAUCCUUCGCAAAACGUCCUAUCGAAUGCCUCCUGUACGACCAAUUGCUUAGCCCCGUUAGCCAAAGUGAUUCACGACAACUUUGAAAUAGUUGAAGGACUAAUGACCACUGUCCACGCCGUUACGGCCACUCAAAAAACUGUAGACGGGCCAUCUGGAAAGCUGUGGCGUGACGGGCGCGGAGCUGCGCAGAAUAUCAUUCCGGCUUCAACAGGAGCAGCCAAGGCCGUCGGAAAAGUUAUUCCAUCGUUACAAGGAAAAUUGACGGGCAUGGCCUUCAGAGUACCAGUACCAAAUGUGUCCGUAGUUGAUUUAACUUGUCGAUUGGGAAAAGCAGCAUCUAUGGAUGAAAUUAAAAAGAAAAUUAAAGAAGCUAGUCUGAAUGAAUUUAAAGGAAUUAUGGGAUAUACUGAAGAACAAGUAGUUUCUUCAGAUAUGAAUGAUGAUCCCAGAAGCUGCAUUUUUGAUGCCGGCGCCUGCAUAUCCCUUAAUGACAACUUUGUGAAAUUGAUUGCAUGGUAUGAUAACGAAUUUGGAUAUUCUAAUAGAGUACUUGAUUUAAUUAAUUAUAUUCAUUCAAAAAAAUAACUGGCUCCUCCAAAUAAAGUUAUUACAACACA